AUAAAGCAAAACUCGAACUAGAUUCCACUUUUUAAUACUCCAUCCGUCUCAUUUUACUUGUUCUAUUUAACCGGGAAAGAAAAAUGAGAUUGCGAGAGUAUGUGUAUUUUAGACAUUAUGUAACAAUGUUGUUCGGAAGAAAUUAGUUGUUAAAUUUUGACACAAAAUUGUACUAGAUGUUACCUCGUGUGUUAAAAAAUAGUUACCACAUAACAGAGAUAUGAUGUAUACAGAAAUGAAAGAAUGAAUGAAUUAUGUAAAAAAAAAAGUGUAUGGUGGGGAUGUAAGGAAGGGGAAUGUUGACUUUGGAAAAAAAAUGCACCGGAAAAGUAGUGAGAAGUGGAGUUGUUUAUGGUAAUUCGUAUGUUGCUUGUACGGAGAGUUAGUUACAACUUACAACCUGGAAGAACACCAAAAGGAAAAAGGAAAAAGGAAAAAGGAAAAAGCAAAAAGCAAAAAGGAAUCAUAUGAUCAUUCUUCUUCAUCAUCAAACCGCCUUUUUCUUGUUCGCGGGCGAUUAAAUCAAUCAAUCAUUCAAUUCCAGAUUCUGUGAUUUUGCUAAAAUUAGGUUUUCAAUUUUGAUUGAAUUACAAAGAAAUGGCGUACAGGAGGAGAGCUGGGAUAAGCAAGGCUGCCACCUUCAGUUUUGAGGAGGAAGACGAUGAUGAUCAUCUUCCCAAGCAAAACAACAACAAAACCACUAAAUUUAAAAAAGAUGAAGAAACUGGAUCCUUGGCUGCCAGAGCCACCAGAGCCUCCGCUGUUCAUCGAGAUUCCUCCGGUUAUGGUUCUGCUUAUGCAUCUCCAUCUACCACUGCAACCGCAACCGCAACCGCCACCGCUUCUUCUUCUCUCUCUCAUCCUAGUUCCUUUACCAAGGGAUCUGAGAGCAGCUCUAUGAGAGACUCAGACGACCCUAAAUAUGGAUUUUGGGGUGUUCUUGCUAGGAAGGCAAAAUCCAUACUUGAUGAAGAUGAUAACCACUUUCAACCUCAGGAUAAUCAGUUUUACCAAUCCCAUGAACCUUCACAGACUGGUUCUAAGACUGAUAAUGCUAGAUUGCGAAAGCGAUUCGAUGCCAUUACUUGUUCCCUUAAUAACUUUGGUGAUACCCUUGGCAAUGCUUUUGAGGAAGGUCGUACAAUCAUGGAGCACAAAACUGCUGAUAUUAUUCAGGAAACUCGCAAUAGGACAGCAGAUUUUAUACAAGAAACACGCAAAAUUCAACUUCGUAGAAGAGGAGCCACUUCAGAUACUCCUGAUCAAGCAACUGUUGUGCAAAACACUUCAUGGCAGCGUCCAGUUGCACAGCCUGUGCAGGUUACUGCACUAAACAAUCAAGAAACACAACUCAAGGCUUCUCGCGACGUUGCAAUGGCAACUGCUGCCAAAGCAAAAGUUCUUCUACGGGAGCUUAAAACUGUGAAAGCUGAUCUAGCCUUUGCAAAGGAACGUUGUGCACAAUUAGAAGAAGAAAAUAAGAGACAUCGAGAGAGUCGGGAGAAAGGAGACAACCCUGCUGAUGACGAUCUGAUACGACUACAGCUGGAAACUCUUUUGGCUGAGAAGGCUCGUUUGGCUCAUGAAAACUCAGUAUAUGCUCGUGAAAAUCGAUUUCUAAGAGAAAUAGUUGAAUAUCACCAACUGACAAUGCAAGACGUUGUGUAUUUGGAUGAGGGUGCUGAAGAAGUCACGGAAGUUUACCCCUUUUCUAUGGAUGAUACAAAGGUACUCUCUAGCACACCAACAUCACCAAAUUAUCUUACAGAAGGUUCCUCCCUCAGCUUUGCAGAGAUAAAGGAACAGGAGGAGGAAUUGGAAUUUAACAUUUCACCUCCUCCUACAAUUUGUCCUCCAGAAAGAACAAGAUCCUCAGACGUUCCAACUUCAUCACUUGUGCCUGCUGGAGAAAUAAAAGCCUCUUGAUAUGCCCUGUUUCUGACGCCUUGUGGGUGCCUUUGGGUGACCAUAGAUAUUACACUUUUUUCCCCUUUCUUUUCCUCUUUCCUUUGAUUAUUUUCUUGAUCAAUUCUUUUGGGAGGUAUUGCCAGAAUCAUCAAUUUCCUACCUUUGACAAAUAAUGUAUUUACUGUUAUGCUUUGGCUUAUUUAUGAGCUAUCCUACAUGGCUAGAAACUCUUCAAUUUUUUGUAAGGGAGAGGUUCAAAUGUUAUGAUCAUAGAUUUGUGAAUGUGCGG